UGGGACUUCUGAGGUGGGGGAACUCAGAUUUCUUCUUGGCCAACCAUGAGGUUCUUUCUGCUUUGGUUCUGCGUGCUGUUCCUCCUGGUCUCCAGGUUACGGGCAGUCAGCUUCCCAGAAGAUGAUGAGCCCCUUAACACUGUUGACUAUCACUAUUCAAGGCAAUAUCCGGUUUUUAGAGGACGCCCUUCAGGCAACGAAUCACAGCAUAGGCUGGACUUUCAGCUGAUGUUGAAAAUUCGAGACACACUUUAUAUUGCUGGCAGGGAUCAAGUCUAUACGGUGAACUUAAAUGAAAUCCCCCAGACAGAGGUGAUACCAAGCAAGAAGCUGACGUGGAGGUCCAGACAGCAAGAUCGAGAAAAUUGCGCUAUGAAAGGCAAGCAUAAAGAUGAAUGCCACAACUUCAUCAAAGUCUUUGUCCCAAGAAAUGAUGAGAUGGUUUUUGUCUGUGGCACUAAUGCGUUCAACCCGAUGUGCAGAUACUACAGAUUGAGUACCUUAGAAUAUGAUGGGGAAGAAAUUAGCGGCCUGGCACGAUGCCCGUUUGAUGCCCGACAAACCAAUGUUGCCCUCUUUGCUGAUGGGAAACUCUAUUCUGCCACAGUGGCUGAUUUCCUGGCCAGUGAUGCUGUCAUUUACAGGAGCAUGGGUGAUGGAUCUGCCCUUCGCACAAUAAAAUACGAUUCCAAAUGGAUCAAAGAACCACACUUUCUUCAUGCCAUAGAGUACGGAAACUAUGUCUAUUUCUUCUUCAGAGAAAUUGCCGUGGAACAUAACAACUUAGGCAAGGCUGUGUAUUCCCGAGUGGCUCGCAUUUGUAAAAACGACAUGGGUGGUUCACAGCGAGUCCUGGAGAAGCACUGGACUUCCUUCCUAAAGGCUCGGCUUAACUGCUCGGUUCCUGGAGAUUCCUUUUUCUACUUCGAUGUUCUGCAGUCUAUAACUGACAUAAUCCAAAUCAAUGGCAUCCCCACGGUGAUUGGGGUCUUCACCACGCAGCUCAACAGCAUUCCUGGUUCCGCAGUUUGUGCCUUUAGCAUGGAUGACAUUGAGAAAGUGUUCAAAGGGCGGUUCAAAGAACAGAAAACCCCAGACUCUGUUUGGACAGCGGUUCCUGAAGACAAAGUACCAAAGCCAAGGCCUGGCUGUUGUGCCAAACACGGCCUCGCGGAAGCUUAUAAAACUUCCAUAGACUUUCCAGAUGACACCCUGUCUUUCAUCAAGUCCCACCCGCUGAUGGACUCUGCUGUCCCACCCAUUGCUGAUGAGCCCUGGUUCACAAAGACGCGGGUCAGGUACAGGUUGACAGCCAUUGAAGUGGACCGUUCAGCAGGGCCAUACCAAAACUACACAGUCAUCUUUGUUGGUUCCGAAGCUGGCGUGGUGCUUAAAGUUUUGGCAAAGACUAGUCCUUUCUCUUUGAAUGACAGUGUAUUACUCGAAGAGAUUGAAGCUUACAACCCAGCCAAGUGCAGUGCCGAGACUGAGGAGGACAGAAAGGUCAUCUCAUUACAGCUGGACAAAGAUCACCAUGCUUUAUAUGUGGCCUUCUCUAGCUGCGUGGUCCGCAUCCCCCUCAGCCGUUGUGAGCGCUAUGGAUCCUGUAAAAAGUCUUGUAUCGCAUCACGUGACCCAUACUGUGGUUGGUUAAGCCAAGGAGUUUGUGAGAGAGUGACCUUAGGGAUGCUUGCUGGAGGAUAUGAGCAGGACACGGAGUAUGGCGACACGGCCCACCUAGGGGACUGCCACGAAAGUUUGCCUACUUCAACUACACCAGAUUACAAAAUAUUUGGCGGGCCAACAUCUGACAUGGAGGUAUCCUCAUCUUCUGUUACCACUGUGGCAAGUAGCCCAGAAAUUACAUCUAAAGUGAUUGAUACCUGGAGACCUAAACUGACGAGCUCCCGGAAAUUUGUAGUUCAAGAUGACCCAAACACUUCUGAUUUUACUGAUACUAUAUCAGGUAUCCCAAAGGGUGUACGGUGGGAAGUCCAGUCUGGAGAUUCCAACCAGAUGGUCCAUAUGAAUGUCCUCAUCACCUGUGUGUUUGCAGCUUUUGUCUUGGGUGCGUUCAUUGCAGGAGUGGCUGUAUACUGCUAUCGUGACAUGUUCGUUCGCAAGAACAGAAAGAUCCAUAAAGAUGCAGAGUCAGCCCAGUCAUGCACAGACUCCAGUGGAAGCUUUGCCAAGCUGAACGGUCUCUUUGACAGUCCUGUCAAGGAAUACCAGCAGAACAUUGAUUCUCCUAAACUCUACAGCAACCUGCUGACCAGUCGGAAGGAGCUGCCACCCAACACGGAUACAAAAUCCAUGGCCAUGGACCAUCGAGGCCAGCCUCCAGAGCUGGCUGCUCUCCCCACACCAGAAUCCACACCUGUACUCCACCAGAAGACCCUGCAGGCCAUGAAGAGCCACUCUGAGAAGGCCCACAGCCAUGGUGCUUCAAGGAAAGAACACCCCCAGUUUUUUCCUUCCAGUCCUCCACCUCAUUCCCCAUUAAGUCAUGGGCACAUCCCCAGUGCCAUUGUUCUUCCAAACGCCACUCAUGACUACAAUACAUCCUUCUCAAACUCUAAUGCCCACAAAGCUGAAAAGAAGCUUCAGAACAUCGACCACCCUCUUACAAAGUCAUCCAGUAAGAGGGAACACCGGCGUUCUGUGGAUUCCAGAAAUACCCUCAAUGAUCUCUUGAAGCAUCUAAAUGACCCAAACAGUAACCCUAAAGCCAUCAUGGGAGAAAUCCAUAUGGCUCAUCAAACCCUCAUGCUGGACCCAGUGGGACCAAUGUCUGAGGUUCCACCCAAGGUCCCUAACAGGGAGGCGUCUCUAUAUUCCCCUCCCUCAACACUCCCCAGAAAUAGUCCAACCAAGAGAGUAGAUGUCCCCAACACUCCUGGGGUCCCAAUGACUUCUCUGGAAAGACAAAGGGGUUAUCACAAAAAUUCCUCCCAGAGGCACUCUAUAUCUGCUGUGCCUAAAAACUUAAACUCACCAAAUGGUGUUUUGUUAUCUAGACAGCCAAGUAUGAACCGUGGAGGAUAUAUGCCCGCCCCAACAGGGGCAAAGGUGGACUAUAUUCAGGGGACACCGGUGAGUGUUCAUCUGCAGCCCUCCCUCUCCAGACAAAGCAGCUACACUAGUAAUGGCACCCUACCCAGGACGGGACUAAAGAGGACACCAUCCUUAAAACCUGAUGUGCCACCAAAGCCUUCCUUUGUUCCUCAAACCACAUCUGUCAGACCACUGAACAAAUACACUUACUAAGCCUCAAGUGUGCUAUUCCCGUGUGGCUUUAUCCUGUCCCUGCUGUCUCGAGGAAGCUGUGAGGGUACCUUAAGACGAGAUACCUGCUUGUAUUUUAAGAGAAACAAGUAGCCAAAGAAACUCUGUCACUUUGGUAACACCAGAACUUGCCACAUGUAGCUACUACAGCAAGGCUUCUGUGUACUUGCCGGAAACGAAGGGAGGUCCUGCUCAUUCCAUUUCUUUCGUUUGAAGCUGAAGGGAUGUGUAGCCUGGAAAGGUUCCCUUCACCAGUAUAAAGAGCUGAUACAGUACUCAGAAGACUGAACAAAUACUUGAAAAUGGGUUCAAUGUAGACUGCCAUUCUGUGUGGUCUUCCCAUUAAAUGUGAACAUUUUAAUAUGUAUGCAUUCACCUUGCCUCUUGCACAAAUGUCAAAAUGGAAAGAUGGGAAUGUCUCAAAACAAAAUGAGCUUGGAGAUUACCAAGCAGUUUGCUGAAAAGUCAAUCUUUGACCCAAACUGUAGCAUUUUUUUCCAAGUGUGGCAGUUUUUUUUCCAAUGCCACCAACAAACUGUGUUAAGAGAGGAGCGUGUGUGUGUGUGUGAGAGAGAGAGAGAGAGAGAGAAAGAGAGAGAGAGAGAGUGUGAGAGAGAGAGAGAGUGAGAGAGAGAGAGAGACAGAGAGAGAGAGAGAGAGAGAGAGAGAGAGAGACAGAGAGAGAGAGACCAACCCAUUAGGAUUUAUUUAGGUGCCCAUUGCAUCUUUUGUACUAUGGAGUUGUUUACAGUAAGCAUGACUGAACAAGAACUAACAUCCUCCUACACCGGUCCAUCGUGUUCGGCUCCGAUAAGGAAUAGUCAAGGCUUCUUUGACUGUCAAGUGAUUAACAUAACCUGUGUGGUACCCAGUGUCAGAACAUUUAAGCGUUCUAAGUAAUUUUGUGCUGCUAUCCAUCAGAACAUCUAUUCCAGCCUUGCCAGCUUAAGAAGUUAGAGAAAUUAAGAGGUAUCCUUGAUGUAUCUAUCAGUAUUCAGUAGUAACAUUUACCUGUCCACUGUGAAUCAAAGCCUGAGGCACGCUACUCAACCUUGGACACACUUACAAGCGUUUAUUUCAAUUGUGUUAUUUUAUUUUCCAUGUAGUAAAACUUUUCCUCUCUUAACUCCUCCUGCCCCCAAACCCCAAGGUGAAAGAAAAACCAAAAGUAGGGCAAAAGAAAGAGACAGACAGAAAAGGAAUUACAGUUGGCUUAGCAGGGAGGGUCUGUAAAGCUCUUAGUAGUCCUGGCCUCCCUCCGUCCAUGUUCUGCGAUGUGAGGAUUUUUCUCCUGAGUCAUGCAGGCAAUGACAGUGAACUGUAAAUACCACAUGUGAGUUUACCUGGAUCUGUGCAUUUUGUGCCUUAUUCACGCGAGUGGUAGAAGUAUGUUGAGUGUUUCCACUACAGAGCACCAUUUCCCAUGUGCCACUUGUAAACGUUUUGCAGCCAGCACCUGAAGACUUCUUACGGUCAUAAAGCAACCUAGAGCGAUUUGUUGUUGAACAACACCGCACCCCCCACCUCCAGGAUCAGAAGCAGCAUCCACUAUUGCCAUGAUAAACAUUCCACCCCUGCUGUUCUGAUAAUGUGAAGUCAGAUGAGGGUUCCCAGGGAACGUGGCACCUGCAGAAACUAUAUCUACAGUCAUUUAUGUGUAGCUUGGCAGAGCCCACUGAUGGCUGAAGGUGUGUAACCGACUGACAGCUUUGGUUAACCCACUGCACAUCACCCAGUCAUUUACCCAACCUAAUCUAGAAAUUUCCACAGCCGAGGAAGGCUCCUGAGCCAGUCAGGCAAAGUUAAAGCGAUAUUUUGGGACAGUGAUGAUGGUAUGCAUUACUUGGGGGAGGAUGGGGUACAAAACACCAGAUCAUUUUUAUACAGGAUGUAGAAUACCGACGCAGUUGACCAUUUCCUUCAAGAACAUUCUUUUCUAUAGAAAAAUGAUUCCCUGUGAUCUCUUGGAAACUCCAAAGCUGAAACACUUCAGCUCUACAACUAAAAAUAUUACAGUUUAAUAAUCAAUUAAACCAACCAACAAUAAGCACUACACAUCCGCCACCAACAAUGUUGUUUGCAUUUACCUUACCAAUAUUAAUCCCAGCGUGGUAACUCUGUGUGACCCCCUGAUAACAUUUUGUAACAUUGUGCUGCCUUAGAGUUUGUACUGUGAGUUCUAUCAGUAUUUAUGUUGAAAUUUCUAACAUGGAUUCUAGUCUCUAUUCUGUUAAUUUAAUUUUAAAUGCUUUAUCCAUUUGUGCAAAGGUAAACACAGAUUGUAUCUUUUUUAAUGGUACGGCAUAAAAAAAAUAACCCUAAAGUGAAGUGGCUCUAUACUGUUUUAUAGAGGACUUUAACGUGUAUAGAUAUCUUGUAAACUUGUAUUGUGGAUGUGUAAAUAAUAUGUACUUUGGGUUUUUAACACCGCAUGUAAAGUCAAAAUAAAAUAUCCAAGUCAUUA